AUGGCGAAUAUAUUGACAGAAAAGACGCAAACGAUUCAGCUCGGCACUUCCGAGAAGGUCGGGCUAUUUAUAGCAUCGAUCUCAUAUUUCGUAUCUGCGUUUGCUGUGGGUUUCUCGCUCAACCCUAAGCUUACUGGGGUUAUGUUCGUCACCGUCAUUCCCUCGAUGACGUGCGUUGUAAUUUUCGGCACCAAGAUGGUCUCAAAACUUUCCAAGCAAGCAACCAUUUAUACCGAAAAAGCUUCAUCCGUCGCGGAAAGUGCGAUCAGAGGUGUGCAGAUUGUUCAGGCGUUCGGUCUUUUCGAUCAGCUCAGCGAGGAACAUGUCCAUCAUCUCAGAGCUGCCUUGCGAAUUGGAGUUAAGAAGAGUGCAGCUGGUGCAAUUAUGCUCGGUGCUAUCUACUUCGUAGCUUAUGCAACUAAUGCACUGGCUUUUUGGUAUGGUGAUCGCCUGAGAGACGGCAGCGCUGAAGCAGGUACUAUCUACGCAGUGGUAUUCCUCAUCCUGGAUGCAUCAUUCGUGCUCGGUAGCUUCGGGCCCUUCAUACAGACCUUCGCAAUGAGCGCAGCCGCUGGACAAUCUGUACUCGAAGUCCUAGAUCAUCCAGCAACUAGUAUCGAUGUCUACUCGGCUAAAGGUAGACCGGCACAAAAGUCCCACUUCGAGAAGGAUAUUGUAUUCUCCUCUGUAUCCUUUGUGUACCCUGCAAGGCCGACUGUCCGAAUCUUGGACGAAAUUAGUCUUCGCUUCAAACCUGGUCAGGUGACAGGCCUUGUUGGUCCCUCUGGCUCGGGCAAGUCUACCGUUACGUCCCUUCUCUUGCGCUUCUACGAUCCCACAUACGGCGCAAUCUCGCUCGGGCAAGACCCUCUGAAGACUUUCAACAUUCAGAGCCUUCGCUCCCACAUCGCUUUGGUCACACAGCAUCCAGUCUUAUUUACAGGUACUAUCCUAGACAACAUCAAGCUUGGGUUGCGCGAAGCCCUCUCUGAAGAUGAGGCGCUUGUUCGAUGCAAGGCAGCAGCGGUGGAAGCUCAUUGUGACUUCAUCGAGCGGCUACCAGAUGGCAUGAACACAAAGAUCGGAACAGGACCACAGUCCCAGCUUUCUGGGGGUCAGAAGCAACGUAUAACGCUCGCUCGCGCUUUGGUCGGCAACCCAGCUUUGCUUCUUCUCGACGAGUUUACAAGUGCCAUGGAUGGUAGCAGCGAAGCCACAGUGCUUGAAAACCUGAAGCGUUCUUCCGCACAAAGUGGCCGGACAACAAUCAUCAUUGCUCACAGACUCGCAACUGUACGAAAUGCCGACCGUAUAAUUGUCAUGAAAGACGGAAAGUUACAAGAGGAGGGCCAGCACGAGGCUCUUGUUCAAGCCAAUGGCGUCUACUCUGAGCUUGUACAAGCGCAGCAGUUCGAAAAGAGAAGAGAGGCAUCCACUGCACCGUCCAUAUCAUCAAGCUCUCGCUCAUCUCACAAAGAACAGCUACAGUCACAAGGGGAUUCCAACAGGCUACUAUGCUCGAUCAUCAGUGGUGCUUUGAUCAUUGGAGAGGCCGUACUCUUUGGCAAUCUCGUCGAGCUGCUGAACGACACCUCCGGCUCGAACGAGUUAACGGCAAGGAUUGCAUUGUAUUGCCUACUCUUUCUUGUGCUUGCGAUUACCGCUUUAUUAUCUCAUGGCUUCGGCAAGACGGCUUUUGGUAUGGUCUCAGAAAACCUGGUUCUUCGGGUACGAGAUGUGUCCUUCCGCACGAUCCUACAACAGGACAUAGCCUGGUUCGCAAAGCCAGGACACUCGCACCAUGCGCUCAUGGCCAAAAUCAACAUGGAUAGCGGUUCUAUCAGUGGGCUGUCCGGUGUCAUUUUAGGCACCGUAUUUUCUGUUGCCACAUCCGUACUUGGUGGUAUUAUCCUUGCACAUAUUGUUGCAUGGAAGAUUGCAAUUGUCCUACUGGCCGCUGUCCCGGUCAUGCUUCUCGCCGGCUUUUUGCGCCUUCGCAUUCUUGCGAUCGCAGAAGAACACCAUCAGACAGCCUACAACGAUGCUGCAGCAUUAGCAUCAGAAGCAACAUCUUCGAUGCAGAUCGUCGCCGCGUUCGGUCUCGAGAAGCACUUCUUUGACGGCUAUCAGGAGUCUAUACGCAAGCCCUAUGAGGAACAUCUACGAUUCAGCCUGCUAGGUAAUAUCCUGCUCGCAUUUUCACUCUCAAUCACCUACUUUGUCUAUUCGCUGGCGUACUGGUGGGGCUCUAAGCAGGUGCGUAAUGGCAACUAUACCCAAAAGGAGUUCUUCAUUGUACUACCUGCGCUUCUGUUCUCCGCACAAGCCGCUGGUCAACUAUUUAGUCUUGCGCCCGAAGUGACACGAGCGAAGGCUGCGGCGCAAAGCGUAUUCUCGCUUCACGAUGAAAAGCCGACCAUCAUCACAAAGCUAUCGUCACCUUCAACUAGCACUGCCGUCCCGGCUGAGCAGAAUGCAUUACUUGGUGGUCCAUCAGCUGCGUAUGGUACCUUUGGUACUAGAGGGGAGCUUGAAUUCAAGAGUGUCAGUCUCUACUACGAUUCACGCCCUGGAGUGCCUGCGAUUAACAACGUAUCAUUCCUCAUCAAACCAGGCGAGUAUGUCGCCUUCGUGGGACGUUCAGGAGCGGGAAAGUCCAGCACAAUUCAUCUCAUCGAGCGCUUCUUCGAUCCUACAUCCGGACAAGUAUACCUUGAUGGACACGAUAUUCGCACCGAGUCUGUUCAGACUCACCGCUCACGCCUGGCUCUGGUUGAACAGGAGCCUGACCUGUUUCCUGGUACAGUCAAGUUUAAUAUCGGCCUCGGCAGACGCCCUGGCACUGAGGCAAGCGACGCAGAGAUCAUCACUGUUGCAAAGAAAUGCGAACUGCACGAUUUCAUCAUGAGUCUUCCUGAGGGAUAUAAUACAGAAGUCGGCGCCCACGGAUCGAAAUUGUCCGGCGGCCAGCGCCAGCGCUUGGCAAUCGCCCGGGCACUCAUACGAGAUCCAGAGAUCUUGCUACUCGACGAAGCCACAUCGCAGCUUGAUGCUACGACAGAGAGAGAUGUGAAGCAGGCUAUCGCAGCUGCAUCAACUGGACGGACUACCAUUGUGAUCGCCCAUCGGCUGGCAAGUGUGCAGCACGCGGACCGUAUUUUCGUGUUCGACUCCGGACGAAUCGUAGAACAAGGUCGACAUGAUGAGCUUGUCGACCUGGCCGGAAUAUAUGCCGCCAUGGUAUCUGCGCAGGAAUUGGAGUGA